AUGAAGAGACUCACGCUCCUGUUCGCAUGGGCCACGGCCGUCUCGGCGACCUCGUUUCGACAAGGCGGGCGAGGCCUACGUCUGGACCACGGCUUCGACGAGGACAGGUCCGCGGCGGCAGCAGUAUCUCCGCAUAAGGCCCGGCCAGGACACGAGAAGCACAGGUUCCUGAACGAAAAGACAUCGAAAUUCUCGGUCAACGGCACCAACAUCCCAAACGUCGCCUUUGACGCCGGCGAAUCCUACGCCGGACUCCUCCCGGUCGACACCUCCCAGGGCGCCAACGAGACGCAGGAGCUGUACUUUUGGUUCUUCCCCGAGGAAACGCCUUCCGAGAACAAGGACAUUGUCAUCUGGCUGACGGGGGGCCCCGGCUGCUCCUCCAUCGGCGAACUCCUCCAGGAGAACGGCCCGAUAUCGUGGAAGCCCGGCACCUACGCCCCCGUCCGGAACCCGUGGAGCUGGCACCGCCUCGCCAACGUCGUCUGGGUCGACCAGCCCGUCGGCACGGGCUUCUCCCGCGGGCCCGUCACGGCGACGGACCAGCGCGACGUCGCGCGGCAGUUUCUCGGCUUCUGGAGGCGCUUCGUCGACACCUUCGACCUGCGCGGCUACAACGUCCACGUCGCGGGCUCGUCCUACAGCGGCCUGUUCACGCCCUACAUCUCGGCCGCCAUGCUGGACGCCCGGGACGCCCGGGACGCGGACGCGGACGACGCCGGCUACUUCGGCGUCAAGGGCAUGAUGGUCUUGGACCCGGUCCUCUCCCAGGGCGUGCUCGGCCAGGACUUUGGCGUCGCCAGGGUCAUCGACUACUGGGGUCCCGCCUUCGUCCUGAACGACACCGUCCGCGCCACCAUCGCCGAGAUCGACGACCGUUGUGGGUACGCGGCCUACGUCGACCGGUACCUCACCUUUCCCCCUUCCGGCCCGCAGCCGGCCAAGAUCCCGGGCGCCUUCCGCUGGGGCGACUACGUCCCGGAGUGCGACUCCUUUACGGCCUUCGCGGAGGCCGCCAAGGACGCGAACCCGUGCUUCAGCAUCUACAACGUCCUCCGGACGUGCCCCUUGCCCUUCGACCCCGUCGCCUUCAGCGAGGGCACGGGGUACCACCCGACCGACGGCCCCGUGUACUUUGACCGCGCGGACGUCAAGGCCGCCAUCAACGCCCCCGCGGACGCCGAGUGGCGCUUCUGCAGCAAGGACCCCGUCUUCGUGGACGACCUCGACCGCUCGCAGGACCCGGGCCCGGGCAGCCUCCCGGUGAUCCCGGGCGUCGUCGAGAGGACCGGGAACGUCAUCAUCGGACACGGCCUCCGCGACCUCAUCAUGCAGUCCACGGGGACGCUGCUGGCCAUCCAGAACAUGACCUGGGCCGGCGCCCACGGCUUCCAGAGGCGGCCCGAGACGAAGCUGCGCAUCCCCUACCACAGCAACGCGGAUCUGGGGACGCUGGCGGGCGCAGGGGAGCUGGGGGUCUGGCACGAGGAGCGCGGGCUCACGUACUUUGAGACGCCCAUGGCCGGGCACUUUCUCGGGCGAGAUGCUCCGUCCAUCUCGUUCCGGGCCUUGGAGGUUCUUCUGGGCAAGGUGGAAGACUUUGGCUCCCGGGCACCUUUCUCCACAAAGGCCAAGGACUUGGGAAUAAUCAGCGAGGAAUUGUGA